GGGAGGUGUUUCAGGAACGUCCAACAGUUGGGAGGGGGACACAGAGCGACAGACCCAGGACCAGGUGGAGGAAUUAUACAGUAUCUCCACACAGGCAGCGGAAACUUGUAAUCCCACAGACAGAGCUAGUUAAUGUGACCAGGGAAUGGGAAGUUUGGGGCGGUCUGCUAGAACUGCUUCUUCCGCAACAUUGAUUGCAAUACAGGAUAGCACAGGUGUGUGGAUAGAAUGCUCAACUUCUACUACAACAAUGAUGACGAGGUCCAGAACGACUCUGAACUGCAGACAUGGAUUUCAGACAUUUUUGAGCACGGAUUCCUUUCCCAAGCAUCCACAGGGAUCCCACAGAGCUUCACCACCGUGGCAGAGUUGGUGAAGUUUGUCACCAUGGUGAUCUUCACCUGCUCAGGACAGCACUCAGCUGUGAACUCUGGACAGUAUGACUUUGAUGGAUGGAUGCCCAACACUCCCUCCACAAUGCAACUUCCUCCACCGACAACAAAGGGGACAACAAGUGAGGAAACGAUGCUGCAGACCUUACCUAACAAAGGUGUAACAGCUAACGGAAUGGCCACCUUGUGGCUACUCAGCAGGCCAUCGUCUGACUACGUGAGAAAAAGAUCCUGCUUUGUGUCCCUCUUGGCCAGUACCCGGAGGCCAAUUUCAGUGAGACGUUUCCUUGCGAGCUGAUAAGGAGCUUUCAAGGAAUGCUUCAAACCUUAAGUGCAAACAUCAAAAUCAGAAACAUGAACCUGGAGGUCCCAUACACAUACAUGGAUCCAGCGGAGGUAGAAAAUAGUGUGGCUAUUUGAAUAUCAGAAGGUGUAUGUUCCUGAGCUGUUUGCUAAAUUCACCUUUAUAUUAACCAAAGUCGGGAAGGGGAGAACUGCAGGUUGUUAAAUAAUGCUGUGGUGGAAGGAAACUAUACUAUGUGUGAUCACUGAGUGAUGAUCUGGGAAUCUGUAUACUGCCUGAUUGAUAAAAAAUUGAAAAUAUUUGUCUGUGCAAAAAAUAACUGGGUGCGGGAAAACAUUAUUUUGCAUUACAAUAGUAACACUUAAAUAAACUGUUCCUUAUUACUUAUGGUAAUAAUUAACGAAUAAUGAUUUGUAGAGGGAAUUUUGUUUUGCUGUAAUCACUACAUGCUGGGUAACAUGUGUAUGAGAAUUGUAUGAGAAGUCUCUUAUGAUCCACAUGUAUCUUUCGUGGACAAAAUGUGACAAUUUCAACUUGUUUGUAUAAACUUGUAGGUGAUAUGGAAAAGGAAUUAAAACAUGG